CUCUCUCUCUCUCUCUCUCUCCCGGGCCGCUCGCGCCUCUUUUUUUCGUCGUUACGUGAAGCCCGUUUUUCCCCGAUCACCUCAUGGCCACCGAGCUGUCCUGCAGCCCCAACUCCAGCCCCCUGAGGCCUUUGUUUUCUAAUCAUUCGGCUGCAAAUAAGACGAAGAAAGGUGACCAUGAUUCUCGGAGGCUGUCUGUGGAAAGAAUUUACCAGAAAAAAACUCAAUUGGAGCAUAUUUUGCUCCGCCCUGACAGUUACAUUGGAUCCGUGGAGCCAGUUACACAGCAAAUGUGGGUAUAUGAUGAAGAUGGCAUGAAUAACCGGGAAGUGACUUUUGUUCCUGGCUUGUAUAAGAUAUUUGAUGAAAUUCUAGUGAAUGCAGCAGAUAACAAGCAGAGGGAUAAACACAUGACCUGUAUCAAAAUCAGUAUUGAUCCUGAAAAUAACACAGUCAGUGUGUGGAACAAUGGCAAGGGUAUUCCUGUUGUGCAGCAUAAAGUAGAGAAGGUUUAUGUUCCCAAUCUCAUCUUUGGGCAACUACUGACCUCUAGCAACUACGAUGAUGAUCAGAAGAAAGUCACUGGUGGUCGAAACGGUUAUGGUGCGAAGCUCUGUAAUAUUUUCAGUACAAAAUUUACAGUAGAAACUGCUUGCAGGGAAUACAAGAAGUCUUUCAAACAGACCUGGACGGGCAACAUGGGGUCGGCGGAGGAGCCAAAAAUCAAACCCUUCGAUGCCGAUGACUUCACUUGUAUUACCUUUCGACCAGAUUUAGCCAAAUUCAAAAUGCAGAUCCUUGAUAAAGAUAUUGUAGCGAUUAUGGCACGGAGAGCGUAUGAUGUUGCUGGAACCUGCAAAGGAGUUAAAGUUUUCCUGAAUGGAAAGAAACUACCUGUGUCUGGAUUCCGUAGUUAUGUUGAUCUUUACUUAAAAGACAAAGUUGAUGAAACUGGCAGCCCACUCAGAGUGAUCCAUGAAGUUGUGAGUGAACGAUGGGAAGUUUGUGUGACCAUGAGUGAGAAAGGAUUUCAGCAGAUAAGCUUUGCAAAUAGCAUCGCCACCACAAAGGGUGGGAGACAUGUUGACUAUGUCACUGACCAGCUGGUCAACAAGUUGAUUGAGGUUGUUAAGAAGAAAAAUAAAGGUGGUGUUGCAGUGAAGCCAUUUCAGGUUAAGAACCACCUGUGGGUGUUUGUGAACAGUUUGAUUGAAAACCCAACGUUUGACUCCCAGACAAAAGAGAAUAUGACCCUUCAAGCUAAGAGCUUUGGGUCAAAAUGCCUGCUGUCAGAGAAGUUCAUCAAAGCGGCAUUGAACUGUGGUGUGGUUGAAAGCAUCAUGAAUUGGGUUCGAUUUAAGGCACAGAAUUUGCUGAAUAAGAAGUGCUCAGGAGUGAAACACAGCAAGAUCAAGGGCAUUCCCAAACUGGAUGAUGCCAAUGAUGCUGGAAGUAAGAAUUCUCAGUGUUGCACCCUUAUCCUAACUGAAGGAGAUUCAGCCAAAACAUUGGCUGUCUCAGGUCUGGGAGUUGUUGGACGAGAUAGAUAUGGUAUAUUUCCCCUUCGAGGCAAAAUGCUCAACGUUCGAGAAGCUUCACACAAACAGAUCAUGGAAAAUGCUGAAAUCAACAGUAUCAUAAAAAUCAUUGGUCUACAGUACAAGAAGAAUUACGAUGACAAGGAGUCUCUUAAGACACUUCGCUAUGGAAAAAUAAUGAUCAUGACAGAUCAGGAUCAAGAUGGCUCCCAUAUUAAAGGCUUGUUGAUCAACUUUAUUCAUCACAAUUGGCCUUCCCUCCUCAAGCACAAAUUCCUAGAGGAGUUCAUCACUCCAAUUGUAAAGGCAACAAAAAACAAGCAGGAAAUACCAUUUUACAGUAUUCCGGAAUUUGAGGGAUGGAAACAAAAUACUGAAAACAGCAGAACAUGGAAAAUAAAGUACUACAAAGGUUUGGGUACCAGCACAGCUAAGGAGGCAAAGGAAUAUUUUGCUGAGAUGGAGAGACAUCGCAUCCCCUUCAGGUAUGAUGGGGCUAAAGAUGAUGCUGCAAUCACCCUGGCCUUUAGCAAGAAAAAAAUAGAGGAACGUAAAGAAUGGCUGACCAACUUCAUGGUAGACAGAAGACAGCGCAGACUUUAUGGAUUGGCAGAGAAUUACUUAUACGGAAAAGAAACCAAACAGUUGACUUACAAUGACUUCAUCAAUAAGGAGCUGGUUCUCUUCUCAAACUCUGACAAUGAGAGAUCAAUUCCAUCACUUGUGGAUGGCCUCAAACCAGGUCAGCGCAAGGUCCUGUUUACUUGCUUCAAGCGGAAUGACAAACGUGAGGUCAAAGUUGCCCAGUUGGCUGGUUCAAUUGCUGAAAUGUCAGCCUACCAUCAUGGUGAGGUAUCCCUUAUGAUGACAAUUGUUGGCUUAGCUCAGAACUUUGUGGGCAGUAAUAACAUCAGCCUUCUGCAGCCCAUUGGUCAAUUUGGUACACGGCUUCACGGUGGCAAGGAUGCAGCCAGCCCUCGGUACAUUUUCACCAUGCUAAGCCCUUUGGCUCGCCGUGUGUUCCCAUCACUCGAUGAUAAUCUGCUGAACAACUUGUUUGAUGAUAACCAGAGGGUGGAGCCAGAGUGGUACAUCCCAAUCAUUCCUCUGGUUUUAGUCAAUGGUACAGAGGGCAUUGGCACCGGGUGGGCAAGUAAAAUCCCCAAUUAUGAUGUAAGAGAAAUUGUUAACAAUGUCAGGCGAAUGCUGGAAGGAGAGGACCCACUGCCAAUGCUUCCUAACUACAAAAACUUCAAGGGAACUAUUCACGAGCUGGGUCUUAAUCAGUAUAUGAUUAAUGGUGAAAUCUCCGUGCUUGAUUCCACCACAGUAGAAAUUUCAGAGCUUCCUGUCAGGACAUGGACCCAGAAUUACAAAGAGAAUGUACUGGAGGCGAUGGUGAACGGGACAGAGAAGACUCCAGCACUGAUCUCCGACUAUAGAGAGUACCACACUGAUACCACUGUUCGUUUCCUGGUGACGAUGACUGAGGAGAAACUAGCUGAAGCAGAGGCUGCAGGACUGCACAAAGUCUUCAGGCUAAAUACCCCUCUCACCUGCAACUCAAUGGUGCUGUUUGACCAUGCUGGCUGUCUGAAGAAAUAUGAUAAUGUACAAGAUAUCCUAAAAGAAUUCUUUGAGUUGCGGUUAAAAUAUUAUAAUUUGAGGAAGGAGUGGUUGGAAGGAAUGCUGGGAGCAGAGUACAGCAAGCUCAGCAACCAGGCUCGUUUUAUCUUGGAGAAGAUCGAAGGCGUUCUGAUCAUUGAAAACAAACCAAAGCGUGAACUGAUCAAGUUGCUGGUUGAUCGUGGGUAUGAUUCUGAUCCUGUGAAAGCCUGGAAACAAUCUCAAGAAAAGGAGGAAAGCAUGGACACAGAAGAGCAGGAAGAAGAAUUUAACACUUCAUCUGGACCAGAUUUCAACUACCUUUUGAAUAUGCCCAUGUGGUACUUGACAAAAGAGAAAAAGGAUGAGCUGCUUAAACAAAGGGAUGUUAAAGAAAGAGAACUGGAAGACCUGAAAUUGAAGUCUGGAUCUGACUUGUGGAAGGACGACUUGGCUGCCUUCAUUGAGGAACUUGAGCGGGUAGAGGCGCAGGAAAAAGAAGAUGAGGUAUCUUAUUUGAAUGAGAAAGCUGUUAAGGGCAAGGGUGCAAAGACUAAAAAGAAGCUGCGGUUGGAAGAGACUAUGCCUUCUCCGAAAGGAAGGCGAGUUGUACCCAGAGUUACUAGUGCUAUGAAAGCUGAAGCUAGCAAGAAAAUUGUCAGGAAAAGAGGAAAGAAUGAAGCUGAUGGCCUUGCUGUUAAAAUGGAAUUUGGUGAAAAGGAGGAAGGGGAUUUGCCUGAAUUGCAGGAGCCUUUAAGUCUGGCAGAUCGACUCACCAAGAAAAUGAAUACCAAAGCUGGGGCAGAAACUAAACAAAAAACCCAGAAGCAAACCACACUGCAAUUUAAACCAGUUACAAAGAACAAGAGGAAUCCCUGGUCCGAUUCUGGUUCUGAGCCAGACAGCGAUCUGGAGAUUGUUGUUGUUGGUCCGAGAGAUAAACUUCAAAGGAAAACGGCAUCAAAGACAAAAUAUGUAUUUGAUUCAUCUGAUGAAGGCACAGAUGAUGAAGGCCCUGGGAAACAUGUCAGUGAGGAAAGUGACAAAGAAUUUACAAUUUCUGACAGUGACUCAGACUUUUCAAUUCCAAAGUCAAAACCUGCCCGAAUGAAGACUGAAAAGAAGGUCUUUUCAAAAGCCACUUCCAAAAAGAAUACAGUAUUGCAGUCAACUCAGAUCUCCAGGAAAGCCUCUGAGGAGAGUGAUCAGAAAGCCAAUACUGAUGUGAGUGACGCCUCUUCUGACUCCAUUGCUGAACCUGCAAUAAAGGAAAAUGAUGAUGAUGAGCCUGAAUCACCACCAGUUUCCACGGUGGUUACUACAAAGAAACCAACAGCCAAACCUACUGGGGACAAGCCUGCAUCAAGAAAGCGACCUCUUGGAAACAAACCUGCCGCUGCGUCCAAGAAAGAUGAAAACCAGCCUUCCAUCUUUGAUGCUCUCAAGAAACAAAAGGCUCCUCCAAAAUCAAGCACGGUCACUGUGAAGGCAGGAUCCACAGUGUCUGAUAAACACGCUGCUCCCAAAAAGGCUACUGCUCCCAAGGCUAAACAUCCCAAAAGGAAGAAGGAUUCUGAUUCAGAUACUGAAGCUGAGUUGGGGCCAAAGACUAAAAAGUCGACUGCAACUAAAAAAUCCAAGAAUCUGGAAGAUGAGAGUUUCCAUAUUGACGAAGAUUCCAAUUCAUCCAUAAAUCUUGAUGCUCGUGCUGCAAGACCUGGGCGUGCAAGAAAGCUUAUUCAGUACCUGGAGGAGUCAUACGAUGACAUAUUUUGAUUGGAUUUUAAUUGUAUUCUUAUAUCCCUGGUGGCUCACAUAGUGUAGACGGGAAACUCCAGCUUUGAUUACUAGUGGGAACCCGGUUGUGAGUCAAUUAGUGGAUCACUUUUCCACUAACUCCUUUUUUUAAAAAAAACAUUUGGUCACUCAAUCCAUGGCUGUUUGUGGGACACUGCUGUGUGCAGUUGGCUGCCAUGUUUCGCCCAUUAUUAUGUCUUGUGUCUCGGCAUUCCAGGGUUAUGGAUAGGAAAACACAUUGAGAACCUACACCUGUCUAAAAGUAUAUAUUUAGAGAUCGAGUGAGAGCAAUAUUAGGCCUGGCUGUAAAAUUCUUUACCCCCAUAGAUUAAUAACUAUCAACACCCAUUAUCUGCAUUAAUCCAUGAUCAGUGGUAACUGGGUGAAGUUCUGAAGUGUUACCAGCACCAUGGAGCCCUAUCCUGAGAAUGAGUUCUGCAGUCAGGAUCGGUGACUACUGUUCUAGAAAAGAAUCUUGUUCUCUAGCUUGCCUGUCUUAGUUUGUCUCGUGUAUAUAUUUGCUGACAACCGAUUCCUCUUCAUGUUUUAUCUGCAGUUAAAUACUUUUUUUUAUCUUUUGGAAGUUGAAAUUAAAGUUGUUUUUAAGUAUUAAA